GUCUAUUUUAUAUGCCACAUCUGCAAAACUAGACCCAAAGCAUUGUGGAUGCUGUUAGGGGGAAAGCUCUUUCCCUCUCUCUCUCUCUCGAACGGCUGAAGGAGAAGCUCGGCGCCUCUAUUCUCAUCGGCCUGCCCUCACUUCUCUUCUACCUGCGCCCAUUCCUCUCUUCUUUACCCUAAGAAAUGGCGGCAUUGGAGUCGGAGGAUGGCAUGUGUGAUGUCACUAUGAAGCCGAAGCUGCUCCGCUCGCUGCUGAGAGAGUAUGUUCCGGACGAGAGACACCCAUUCACCAACCCCUCGGAGCUUUCAUACGUUGUCUCCGCAGUAAAGACACAUAAACUGCUGUAUGAAUGGGUUCCACAGCCCGUCAAACAGGAUCUCGUGGAAGCCUGGAAAUCAGCUGUUGACUCAUGGGUUCAUCGGUUGCUCACACUGGCAUCUAGCAAUCUGCCAGAUAAGUGUUGGGCUGGAAUAUGUUUGCUUGGAUUGACCAGUCAAGAAUGUUGUCCGGAUCGCUUUUUAACUUCAUAUGCUGUUUGGUUUGAUAAGCUUCUCUCAUGCAUUCAGCUUCCGGAUGUUUCUAAUUUUGUGAAGGCGGCGUCUUGUGCCUCACUAUCGGAUAUGCUUACAAGACAACUUUUUCACUGUUUAGUGAUGGAAAUCUGUGCUCUGAAGUCUGAGGCUACCACUUACAACUUACUUAAGAUAAGCCUCAUGUCUGGUUACUUUGCACUCUACUUCAAUUUUGUGGCAUCUCAGUUGACAAAGUUCUGUAGUGUUUCGCCAUGGUUGGGUGGAUUUUCAAGUGCAAAAAAGGAUGGUAAUUCCCAUUCAGCAAAAAUUAUUCAGCCAACACUGAAAUUAUUGAUUGAGGAGAGCUCUGCUGAUGUUUUGGUUGAAGCUGCUAUUGUUUCGAAGAUCAUGUCUGGAAUAUGCUGUGCAAGUGUGUUGAGGAAGCUUGCUUAUGGCUUGUCAUUGCUUCCAAAAGCGAGAGGAGAUGAGGAUAGCUGGUGUUUGAUGAUGGAUAAAAUCAUGCUGCAUAUAAACAGUCAAUUGACUGAUGCCUUUCAGGGUCUAGAAGAAGAGGCCAGAAGUACUCAAAUCAUGAGGGCAUUACUUCCAUCUGGCAAAGAACCCCCUCCACCCCUUGGUGGGUUAGAUAUCUCUGAGCAGACUUCAGACCUUUCAACCAGGAGGCCUGAGCGUAUGCUGGGAUCUGGAGUUUCUACUCUAAUGCAAUGCUGUUGUGAUAUGCUCCAUAGUUUUUACCCUGUUAUGGUUAAAGUCCCUGUUUCUGGUCUAGUAGCACUUGCUGGGAGGGUGCUGGCUGUUGAUGGUUCCCUGUCGCCGUCCUCAUACUCUUUUAUGAGCACCCUGAAACAAGAAUUUAUUUUUUCUGAAAUUCCUCUUUUGCAAUUGCAUAGCCUGGAAAUUCUUGCAGCUCUUGUCAAGGUUUUGAGGAGCCAAUUGUUACCACAUGCUGCGGGUAUUGUACAGCUGCUGGUUGACUACUUAAGGACAUCCAAAUUUUCUGAUUUGAAGAUAAAAGCAUACUCCAUUAUAAAAGUCCUAGUUAUGGCCAUGGGCAUUGGUACUGCAAUUCAUAUUAGCCAGGAUAUUGUAAACAAUGUAUAUGUUGACUUAGAAUUCUUUCACGGCAAGAAGGAUGGCAAAGGUGCAGGCACCCAAACCAUGGUCCAUCCGGAGCUGUUGACUGGGUCUCAACAGAGGAAAAGGAAGCAUGCAUUUAUGGCGAGGGCCACCCAAGAGCAGCCUGCUCACGAUCAUCUGGGAGUGGAAAAUCCCCAUAAUUCGGCUCCAAUAUCAUUGAAGAUAGCUGCAUUAGAGACUUUAGAGGCUCUUCUAACUGUGGGAGGCUCUAUGAGAUCUGAAAGAUGGCGAGAAAAUGUCGAUCAUCUACUUAUAUCCGUGGCUACAAAUGCUUGCAAAGGGGGAUGGUCGAGUGAGGAAAAGAAAAUUUUUCUCUCCGGUGAUUCUUUGCCUACAUGGACGGACUUCCAACUAGCUGCCUUGCGUGCCCUUUUGGCGUCUCUUCUUUCACCAGGCCGCACUCGCCCAUCACAUCUGGCCCUGGCUCUCCACCUUUUCCACAGAGGUGGCGUGCAAGAAGCGAGCACAAAAAUCAGCGAAUAUUGCGGCCAUGCCCUUCUGGCCUUAGAAGUGCUCAUACACCCAAGGGCCCUUCCAUUAAUAGACUCUACCUCUAACGAAUAUAAUUUUCCAACCCACAAAAAGUGGCGGGACACUACACGCCCUAGUGGAGAUGGACAAAUCUCCACGUAUCAUAUUAGAAACAGCACCAGUGAGCCCGAAUCAGAAGACGACGACGACCUAGACGAAAAUUGGCUCAGAAAUAACAAUGAAAUGGAUAAUACUCAAAUCACUGAAAGUCGAAGGCCUCACUCGCUAGAUGGGCCCUCUUCUGUUGAGGUGGCAACCACUAAUCUCGUGUCCGGAGAAAAUGAUGUGAUAAUGUCUGAUGGUGGCGUUAAUAUGCCUGAGUCUGGGGAUUUGGAAAUUAAUAUCACGGAGCAAAGAACAACCAUCGAUGAUGGCGGUGGUGUGGGGCCCACAUGUGGUCGCGAAAGUGCUGAGUUGGAAUUAGUGAGCAGGGAAGCUAAAUUUGUCGAGAAUGAAGUUGUGGUGAAGAGUGAUGUGAUUUCCAAGGUAGGAUCCACGACUGGACAUGAAGUUGUGGAGGACAAGAAUGAUGAGCGUGUGACGAUUGUCGAACGAAUUUCGACCAUGUUUGCAUUGGAGAACGAGUUGUCUGACGGUGAUGCUUCACUUCCUGAUAUUGUCGAUGGCGAUCCGGAUUCCGACUGAAGUGAGGUUUUUGGUGUGGAAUUCAUGGUUGAUUAAUGGUUUAAUACGUUGGUGUUGCGUUUGUUUAGGCGCUCAAAUUUUGGUAGGUGAGAGGGAGUUUAUGUGGUGCAUCAAGAAUUCUGAUACACCAAUCACGUCUUGGUUUGGGAUACAGAGUCGAGAUAUGAUCUUGUUUGGAUAAUCAAUUCAUUUGACUUGAAUGCUUGGUCUUUGGAUUUUUUUUAGUAGCUUUCGAUGUUUUAAUUACCAUAACAAUGUGUUUUGGUAGUCCGACCGAUGCUGUAGCUCUUUAAAUACCAUACCUUUACAGGAGAAAUUCGCUGACUUUUUGAUAUUGUGUCGCAAUAAGACUUGAAUUUUCAAUCUUUUCAUUUGAGGGUUUCACUUUUAACUUAUUCUCAAUAUAAG